AACACAUCAGUUUCAAAAUGGCCAACGUAAGACAUAGAGAUAGCAGAUCGUCAACUUCUUCCGACAUCGGACUUCACAUGUCGUUUGAAGUCUCAUCUUGUGACGAUAGCGACGGAGAAGACCUGCAGGACAUUGUUCCUUACCAGUUUGAACCUGAGGCUUCUGAAUCGAAUGAAAGCGAGCAAGAUUCCUCGCUUGGGGGAAGCGACGAAGAUCAGCCGAGACUGGACAACACCGAUUGGUGUACUUGUGGAUACUGUGUACUAAUGCCUACACAGAGGGAGAGCAUCUGCUGUUGUGAAAUUGACAGAGUCAACAACAAAAAGGAUUCAUCCGACCGAAAGCUUUCCUGCAUCACUCAGCAUCCUGGAUUCUCAUCGGUGUGCCUAGAUGUGUAUGUGCUUGAGACAGCCUACUAUCAGUACCGCUCCCAGUAUGGAGAAUUACAGACCAGCAUUGAAGAAAGGAACAGAUAUACAUCAUAUCGACAACUUGUGCGCUGGUGCUGGGGCUACCUUGGGAAAAAUGUCAGAGUCCCCUUACCAUCUUGUGCUGUUCAAAAGAUAAGAGCUGCAUUUCCAUCUGAGGACUAUGAGGGUUUCAGGGACCCACAAUAAUGCAGGGUGCAUGAAUGCGCUGCACAGAGGAGGUGGCUUCACUGAUGGCAGGCAGGCAAUGGGUUCCAGCAUUGUCGCAGUAGCUGAUUUUAGGGUUUCCUUCAUCAGUGUUGAUGUUUAUUCUGAAAUGUUAAAGAAGAUCAGAAACAUACAUAUUUAAAGUUCUUUUGCUUUUGAUGUUAUUUUUUUUUUAUUGUACUGUACAAUACUGUUAUAUAUCAAUAAACAAUUGUUAGUCAUGA